AUGUCUUGGUUUGGGUGGCUCGGAGGCGGCGGCGCGACCGGUGUCCCAUCAGAAGCAGCUGCUCCGCUUUCCAGCGAGCCAAUCGUUUCCUCCGAGCUGCAGCUCCAUUCGGACGAGUCGAUCCCAGCAGGCACAUCCUCCGACAACUCAUUCGGCAGUUUCGGGCUUGGCAACUUUGGCUUCGGCGGUCCGACAAAUGAGGCGCCCCCAGAGCCAGCCCUACCUCCAACGCCCGUUCUCGCACUCGAUCAGCUGAAGACUGCCGGAAUUCCGUUGAAUCGUGGCAUGACUCCAUACUUACAGAUAGACCCUGGAAUGUUUGCGAAUACACAGCCACAAUACAUUAUGCCGGAUGGAGGCACGACGGGGAAAGGCAAAUUCGAGUUUGCCCUCGGCUACAUUGGAUGGGCUGUCGGCUCGGGCUAUUUCGUUGGCUGCGCUCGUGGCGCGAUCCCAGAAUUCUUUAAUUCGGAGACAAGGGCCCUGGCUGGUCGACCCUGGAUGACGCGUAUGGUCAACGCGACCGUGAAGCACGGCAGUGGAUAUGCUCAGCCGGCCGGCACGGUCGUUUUUAUGUAUUCUGCUAUGGAAAUCGCUAUGCGUUAUUUGCGAGGCAGCGACGACGAUCUCAAUUCUCUUGCUUCCGGAACAUUGACCGGGGCAAUCUAUCGAUCUCCACAUGGCAUCCGUCCUUCUGCUAUUGGCGGUGCUGCCGGUCUCGCUUUAUCAACGCUCUGGGUCCUCGUCCAUCCCGAUUCUCGACGUCGAAUUUUUGAUAUGUUUGGCCGCGAU